GGCGGGCGAGCGCUGGGGCGGCGUCAUGUCCUCCGAGGUGGCCGCGCGCCGCGACGCCAAGAAGCUGGUGCGCUCCCCCAGCGGCCUGCGUAUGGUGCCAGAGCACCGCGCCUUCGGCAGCCCGUUCGGCCUGGAGGAGCCGCAGUGGGUCCCGGACAAGGAGUGCCCGAGGUGCAUGCAGUGCGACACCAAGUUUGACUUUCUCACCAGGAAGCACCACUGUCGCCGGUGUGGGAAGUGCUUCUGCGACAAGUGCUGCAGCCAGAAGGUGGCGCUGCGGCGCAUGUGCUUCGUGGACCCCGUGCGGCAGUGCGCUGAGUGCGCCCUGGUGUCCCACCGGGAGGCCGAGUUCUACGACAAGCAGCUCAAGCUGCUCCUGAGUGGAGCCACCUUCCUGGUAACUUUUGGAAACUCGGAGAAGCCAGACACGAUGGUCUGUCGUCUUUCCAGCAACCAGAGGUACCUGCUUCUGGACGGGGACAGUCGCCACGAGGUCGAGGUCACGCGCAUUGCCGCCGUGCAGAUGCUCACGGAAGGCUUUCCUCCUGGAGAAAAAGACAUGCACACUUAUACCAGCCUCCCGGGGAGCCAGCCCGUCUCUGAAGGAGGCAACGCGCGGGCCACAGGCAUGACCCUGCAGUACACGGCGCCAGGGGCGGAGGGCAUGACGCAGCUGAAGCUGACGGCCGGGGAGGACGCAAACGGCAGCAGAAGGCAGGCGACAGCAUGGCUGGUGGCCAUGCACAAGGCUGCCAAGCUUCUCUACGAAUCUCGGGACCAGUAACGCCACGUGGGCUGGAUAGUCCGCAAGGGGCAGCAGCACCUGCUCGCCGAGCACGCACAGGCGCAACUAACCCUACACGUGCUGGAAACGCAACUCAAGUACUCGGAGCUUACCUAGUGCAAUAUGUACACAGUUGAUUAAUGCUCAGAACACCUCGUGCUUUAGAAUUUGUCUCAUCGAUGCCUAAUUGGGGGUGGGAGAGACUGAGCUACACUACUGCUAAAAUCUUUUUAGCAUAAUCUAUACCAUGUUUUUAUGAGUGCCCAAGUUUACUAGAUAGUUCUGGCCCCUUGAUGUUUGUUCCAUUAAUUCUUCCACAGAAGUGAUCUGGGCAGUGGUGACUUGGCCUGAUUUGUACUGGAGCGCAUCUCACAGACUGCCCGUUCACGUGUCACUCAUCUGGGGCUAUGAACAAACCUUUGCUACUUCACAGGGAAAGGAACAAGAUUUGUGUUUUGUACUUUUCACUAUUUCCCUUUAUUAAAAUAAUUGUACAACAAUUUGUAUAUAAAGCUUACGAUUAAAACCUAUUUUGAAAAUA